AUGAAUUUCGAAGAGGAAGAAGUCACUACUUCGAACAAGGCCACCUUCUACUUCAACAAGUACAAAACCUUGUACCAGUAUUAUUUGGAUCAGACGACCCCUCAUGUAAGGUAUAGGUGGGCGGGUCUCAUUGUGCUUGUUCUGCUAUUCGUCCUUCGUGUGGUUCUUUAUGAGGGGUGGUAUGUCGUUUGCUAUGGACUAGGAAUCUACCUUCUAAACCAAUUCCUCGCCUUUUUGACGCCGAAGUUUGAUAUGUCUCUACAGCAAGCAGAAAAGAACAACGAGUUGGAAUCUGGGGACAUGGCCGAUGAGUUCAGACCUUUUAUUAGAAGACUGCCGGAGUUUAAGUUUUGGCACAAUUCCAUUAGGGCAACGCUGCUAUCCCACUUCCUCGCAACAUUUUCGGUCUUUGAUAUCCCAGUUUACUGGCCUAUAUUGUUGAUCUACUUUAUUUUGCUGUUUGCCUUGACCAUGAGGAGACAAAUCAACCAUAUGAUUAAGUACAAGUACCUGCCGCUAGACAUUGGUAAGAAGAAGUACUCUCAUAAAUAA